GUGGAUCAGGUCACCAAGCAGGGCAAGACGGCCCUCCUCCUGGCCGCGCAGUUCGGCCGUCAGGAGAUCUGCAAGUUUCUGAUCAGCAAGGGAGCCAAGGUGGAGCAUCAGGACGAGGAUGGCCAGACGGCCUUGUUCUGCGCUGUGCAGGCCGGCAACCAUGAGCUUGUUACGAGCCUGAUCGAACUGAAAUGCCCCAUC